AGAUGCCACCACCACCCGACAGUGGUCCGGUGAGUUCUGAGUACGAUUGGAUAGCGGUACCACCACCUCCACCGCCACCGAUGUCGGGUAACACUGAAUUCAGCUCAGCCACUUUCUCCGGGCCCUACCAAGCCCCGUUGCCACCUCCACAUCCGGGUGUAGUCCUUGGUUUCAAUAAGAGCACUUUUACCUAUGAUGAGCUGGCGGAAGCCACUCGAGGGUUCAAUAGGUCUUUGCUUUUAGGGGAAGGUGGGUUUGGGUAUGUUCAUAAAGGAGUUUUACCAAGUGGAAAAGAGAUAGCUGUCAAAAGCCUUAAAUCCACUAGCGGACAAGGGGAACGUGAGUUUCAGGCGGAGGUGGAGAUCAUUAGUCGUGUGCAUCACCGUUACCUUGUAUCUCUUGUUGGAUAUUGUAUUGCUGGACCACGAAGGUUGUUGGUUUAUGAAUAUAUACCCAACAAUAGUCUUGACUAUCACCUUUACGGACAAGGUGCCCCAAUUAUGAAUUCUUCAACAAGGUUAAAAAUUGCAUUGGGGGCAGCCAAAGGUUUUGCUUAUCUUCAUGAAGAUUGUCAGCCACGCAUCAUCCAUAGAGACAUUAAGGCAGCAAAUAUACUCCUUGAUGAACACUAUGAGGCUAAGGUAGCAGAUUUUGGACUCGCAAAGCUUUCAUCAGACACUAACACUCACGUGUCAACACGCGUUAUGGGAACAUUUGGGUACCUAGCACCCGAGUAUGCAUCCAGUGGUAAGCUUACAGAGAAGUCUGACGUGUUUUCCUUUGGAGUUGUGUUGUUGGAACUGAUUACUGGUAGACGACCCUCAGAGGCAAAUGUUGAUGAUGAUGGCUUAAUCGAUUGGUGUAGGCCUAUAUUAACACAAGCAACCGAGGGUGGAAGCUACGAAGAGAUAGUGGACCCACGUUUGGAAAAUAAGUUUGACCGAGAUGAGAUGUAUCGGAUGGUGGUGUGUGCAUCAGCUUGUCUUCGGUAUUCUGCAAGAAGACGCCCUAAAAUGAGUCAGGUUGUGCGUGCAUUAGAAGGUGAUGCAUCAUUGGAUGACCUAAACGAGGGAGGCAAAAGUGGAAUGUCAAGUGCAGGGGGUUCAGAAGUCGAUUUGUACAAGAAAUAUUCAACCACAGGCCAAGAAUCCUAAACUGAGGUUACAAAAUGAAUCAAAGCAGAAGGAGAAAAGGGGAAUGAGCAAAAUCAAAGAAUAUGCAAUAGUAAAAUUGAGGAGGCUAAAUGCAGAAUUUGUAGA